AUGGCGGGGCUCGUGGAGAAGCUCGUGAACCUCGUGGGGCGCGCGUUCUACUCGGACGAGCACGUCGUCGUGCUCAGCGCCUUGAUCCGCGAGAAGUUCAUGAAGGACGACGAGAUGGGGAACGCUGUGAACCUCCAGACGCGUCAAGUGCGCAAGAUCAUGAACGAGCUGCACCAGGACAACCUUGUCUGCGAGGAGGUGCUGAACGACAAGCGACUCGGCGGCAGCUCGUCCACGUCGUACUGGUACAUUGACUACAAGUACUUUGUGGACGUGGUGCAGUACCGCCUCUACCUGAUGCACGAGCACCUGAAAGACAGCGAGCAGCUCGAGAUCGAGCGCCAAACGUUCCAGUGCAGCGACCCGGAGUGCGGCCGCGAGUACACGGCGCUGGAGGCGCAGCUGCUACUCAUGCCCGGCCAGUACCAGUUCCGCUGCGGCCACUGCAACGAGCUGCUGCUGGAAUGUGACAACAACGACCGGCUGCUGCGCAUCCAGAGCCUGCAGCGCAAGUUCAAAGACCAGAUGAACAAGCAGAACGGCAUGCACGAGGGCAUCUACGAGGUGCUGCGUCGCAUCGGCGACUUUGUCAAGGAAGGCCACGCGCUGCCCAGCAACCUGCCGAGUGACAACCGCGCUGCUGGAAUUGGCGGCAAUAGUGCGCGUGCUGCCAAUGGAGGAGGAGGUGGCCGAGGAGGAGGAGGGGGUGGGGGUGGCGGCGGCGGUGGUGGCAACCGCGAACAGAACAGCCAGUCGUACUUGUACCCCUAUGGCUCGCAGGACCAGGAGAUUAUCGUGGAUAUUGCAGGCAACGACCAGGCUGAAGACGAAUACUUGGCGAGCAGAGAGCGGAAGGAGGACAAGGAGGCUGCCAACCAGCAGGUCGCAGCCCCGCGCGCGCUGCCAGAGUUCUUGCAGGGCAGCUCCAUCAGUGGCCACAUGGCGGCGAAGCACUUGCAGCCUGCGGCGGCGGCGGUAGAAGAGAAGGCGAUCCCCAUGGAGAGCGGCAUUCAGGGCGUAGAUCCUCUUACGCAGAGCGAAAUGACAGAGGAGCAGCGGCAAGAAGCGUUCAAGCGCGCGUACAUGGCGGAGCUGGAGCGCUACAACGAAGAGAACCAUGAUGGAGAGGAAGUGCAGGUACAGGUGGACAAGCAGGGCUGGGAUGCCGAGAUGAACGGCGAUGCCAUGGAUGAGGAAGAGCUGGAGGACGUCGAGUGGGAGUGGUGCACGGACGACGAAGGUGGCGGCACCGAUAUUGAAGUUACGGUCAACGGCCAGCCUAAGCGGCUGGAUGGUGUGGAUGACGAGGAUCUGCUAAACAUGACGGAGGAAGAGUUCCUGUGGUCUAAAAACUGA